AAUGACUCAAAUUAGCUUGCGACAUCAAGUUAUUCGUAUAUAUAAAGACUUACUGUACUUGGGCCGGGAGUAUCCGCUGGGCUACGACUACUUUCGACCACGCUUGCACAAAGCAUUUGCUGCUCGCGCAGGCCUAACAAAUGAAGAAGAGAUAAAGAGAGGAAUCCAGCGAGCAGAAUUUGUGAAAAAAGAAAUUGAGACCAUGUAUUACUUGAAACGUUACCGAACGCUACGCCAUCGCUAUGACAAGCCUCAAAUAUGAAAUGCUUGGAAAUCAGAGC